UCCCUCCACGAAGAGGCAGCCAGAGCCACUCCAACUCCGACCCCAGGAGACCGACCUCCUCCAGACGGCAGCUGCUCCAACCCAGCCAACCAGCCCCAGACGCCACCGCCCGGAGCGUCCAGACACCAACCUCCGCCCAGAGUUCGUGUCCAGGCUCCGGCCGCGCCUCCUGUCGCCUCUGCGCCCCGCCGUGCGUCCUCCCGCCGCGCCCCGACCAUGCUCGCCUCCGUCGCCGGUCCCGUCCACCUCGCCUUGGUGCUCCUCGCCCUCUGCGCCCGGCCCGCCACCGGCCAGGACUGCAGCGCGCAGUGUCAGUGCGCAGCCGAACCGGCGCCGCGCUGCCCAGCCGGCGUGAGCCUGGUGCUGGACGGCUGCGGCUGCUGCCGCGUCUGCGCCAAGCAGCUGGGGGAGCUGUGCACGGAGCGCGACCCCUGCGACCCCCACAAGGGCCUCUUCUGCGACUUCGGCUCCCCAGCCAACCGCAAGAUCGGCGUGUGCACGGCCAAAGACGGUGCGCCCUGCGUCUUCGGGGGCUCGGUGUACCGCAGCGGUGAAUCCUUCCAAAGCAGCUGCAAAUACCAAUGCACUUGCCUGGACGGCGCCGUGGGAUGCGUGCCUCUGUGCAGCAUGGACGUCCGCCUGCCCAGCCCUGACUGCCCCUUCCCUAGAAGGGUCAAGCUGCCAGGGAAGUGCUGUGAGGGGUGGGUGUGUGAUGAGCCCAAGGACCGCACCAUGGUUGGCCCUGCCCUCGCUGCCUACCGACCGGAAGACACAUUUGGCCCCGACCCAACUAUGAUGCGAGCCAACUGCCUGGUCCAGACGACAGAGUGGAGCGCCUGUUCUAAGACCUGUGGGAUGGGCAUCUCCACCCGGGUUACCAAUGACAACACCUUCUGCAGGCUGGAGAAGCAGAGCCGCCUCUGCAUGGUCAGGCCUUGUGAAGCUGACCUGGAAGAAAACAUUAAGAAGGGCAAAAAGUGCAUCCGGACCCCUAAAAUCACCAAGCCUGUCAAGUUUGAGCUGUCUGGCUGCACCAGUGUGAAGAGCUACCGGGCUAAGUUCUGUGGGGUGUGCACAGACGGCCGAUGCUGCACCCCCCACAGGACCACCACCCUGCCCGUGGAGUUCAAAUGCCCCGAUGGCGAGAUCAUGAAGAAGAACAUGAUGUUCAUCAAGACCUGUGCCUGCCAUUACAACUGUCCUGGGGACAAUGACAUCUUUGAGUCCCUGUACUACAGGAAGAUGUAUGGAGACAUGGCAUAAAAGCCAGGGCGUAAGGGACGUGAACUCAUUAGACUAUAACUUGAGCUGAGUUACAUCUCAUUUUUCUGUAUAAAAAAAAAUGAUUUACAGUAGCACAUUAAUUUAAAUCUGUGUUUCUAACUGCUGGGGGAGAAGACUUCCCACCAAAGUGAGAACUAUUAUGCCAUUGUCAUACAAACAGUCUGUCAAUCUCAGACACUGGUUUGAAGACAGUUUAGACUUGACAGUUGUUCAUUAGCGCACAGCGCCAGAAUGUAUACUGAGGCGUGUCUCCUGGGGCAGUGGAGACACCAGGAGAAAGACAGGUACUAUCUGAGGUCAUUUUAAAAACAGCAAUGUGCCUGCUCUUUGGAGUGUAAUUGGGGAGGAAAAUUAUAGCACGCUUGCAGACGAACCUGCUCUAGCAACAGCUGGGUGUGUGUCCUCCUCUAGAUGAAGCUGAGUCCAGCUGUUCUUUAACUGAGAACAACUGGACCCAGAUCUGACAUUCUGAUUCCAACAGUGGUCUGGAGUCAGAAUCUUGUCUAUUAGACUGGACAGCUUGUGGCAAGAGAAUUUGCCUAUAACAAGCCAGAUUUUUAUUGAUAUUGUAAAUAUUGUGGAUAUAUAUAUAUAUAUUUGUACAGUUUAUCUAAGUUAAUUUAAAGUUGUUUGUGCCUAUUGUUUUUGUUUUAAAUGCUUUUGGUAUUUUAAACUGAUAGCCUCGAAUCCCAAACACCACAGAUAGGACAUAAACUUGUUUGUGAUUGAGAACAAAGGGGAUACUGAAGUGGCAAAAACUGUAACCCGAGCGACUGCCUAUCAGAACGGAUGGUGUGCGGAUGGAGGAGCAAUGUCUUAGAAGUCAGAUCUCUGGUAGGAAAUGUGGUAACCUCACUGUCAGUGAACAAAUGGCCUUUAUUAAGAAGUGGCUGGCUCUGGGUAGCUGGUCAGAUUUCCAUGUGGAA